GUAAAACCGCCUGCUUCUUGGCCAAUCCCCGAUAGUGGGUACGCGUCACUGUCUGGGACACGAGACAAAAGAAGACAACGGUCGCCGAACAGUAGCUUCCAGCAGCGCUUGACGCUCUCCACAAUUCGCCAUGGAAGAAUCAAUGAUGUCCGAAGUGUCCCAGUCAGAGAUUUCAUUCAUGAGUGAGCUGGUGGCGGUGAGGGAAAGGAUGAUUCGAAGUUGGCGUACAUAGUAAUCGCACUUGUGCUACUCCUGCUUCUAAUCGGAUUCAUCUAUUUUAUUGGAUUUUAUGGAAGUUCAGAUGUGGAGACGACCGGCGGGGAUGCCGAAGGCAGCGGUGGCAGCCACGGUCGCGGCGGUGACAUCGUUUUUGUCCCCCGCACGCCUCCCGCACUACCUCCGACCACGGAAGCAGCGUUAACAGACACUGAACUUGACCCUGGCGUCGCCAGCCCUACAUCACCAAAACCAGGCACAACGACACCAUCCUCAACAAUGCCAGCAUCACCGAAACCAUCAUCAACAACGCCACCCCCACCUCCUUCCCCAUCACCCCCUCCUCCUCCACCUCCACCCCCACCUCCUCCCCCAUCUCUGCCGCCCGCACCUACACCCCCACCUCCGCCACCCCGUCCUCCUCCAACUACCACACUUCCUCCGGUAAAACCGCCCGUGUUGUCUUGCACGGUCGGGCACCAGGCCGUGAUCAAGGAUAUGGUGCCCCCCGAUGGAACAUGCGACAGCAUAUUCUACACGGACGUUUUCUUGAACGACAAGACCAACAAGAUAGAACCAUUGUACAGUGACACCGCCUUCAAGGUGGUCCGGUCCGCCGCAGCGACAUACUCGAAGACAACGUUUGGAACUUCGAUGUAUCCGGGAACCAUCGGUGAAUUGGUACGCAACAAACAGCAGGAUAUUGAGAGCGCCAUGACCAAACUCUUCAACGACAACUUCGUGCACUUCGGCAUGCUCAAUGUAGAUAAUAUAGAGGACUACGACAAACUCAAAGAUGGCCCACUUCAGUACUUGAGGGUAAGCAUACGUAUACAUG